AACACAAAGCUGCCCCAUAACCGACUCAGCAAGAUCAAAAAGCAAAUCCGAGAAAAGCCUGUGCCUUUUGGUGAAACCCAACCCAAGAAACAAAGAUCAGAAGAAACUAAAGACUCAGGAGAAAAAUGUGGUUGGUGUAUGUCUGUGAUGAGGAAGAGAAGGAGCUGGGGAGGCAGCAAGCCCCUGGAUCAUGCCCACACUGUGGAGGCAAAGUGCAGGCUGUGGAUGUUGAGGCCCAGUGGAAGUUUUGCUUUCUGCCCAUGUGCUUCAAGAUCAAGAGAAAGUAUUUCUGCACUCUCUGUGCCAGGCGCUUGGUCUUGUACUACUAACAACAAGUUCAACAACACCAGCAUAUACAAUUAGUAGCAGAGACCAAGAAACUUAAAGCUCUCUCUCUCUCUCUCUCUCUCUCUCUCUCUCUCUCUCUCUCUCUCCAUGGAUUUUAGUUGUGGCCCUUUUGGGUUACAAUGGGAUUUAGGAACCAUGGGGUUUUGUUGUAAAAAUGAUUGUUGGAUGGUUCUUGAUUUGAAUGCAAGUUUUCCAUUAAAUUAUUUACUGGUUGAAAUGUUUUGGGUC